GGAACUAGUACGCAUGUGUAAUCAUGAGCGAUCAGAGAUUCGCCGUUUCUUCCGACGACGAAGAAGAGGGUCAAGUAGUUUCAAAUCAGCCGUACGACGAAGCUCUAGACGUCAGUGAUCAAGAAGAAGUGCCGAGCACGUUUUCAUCGCCUCAGGUGCCUCCAACCAGGCCUCAACAACAGGGCACCAAGGACGCGUUGCAGGAGGCGAUGGCAAGUGGCAGUGGAGCUGGAGGAUCAAAAACCGCUCCAGCACCAUCAUAUGCAAAUCAAUCCGGGACCCGAGGAGUGGAGGGUCAUCAGGGUGUCGAUUUAUCGGGAAGCGACGACUCGGACGAGGAGGAGGAAGACAUGACUGGAGCUGCACUGGAGGGCGUGUAUGAUCCUGCUGACUUUACUCAUUUGCCAGUUAGUGCAGAUAUACAAGAUUUAUUCCAACAUAUCACAAGGUACAAGCCUCAACAGAUUGAGUUGGAAACAAAGUUGAAGCCAUUCAUUCCGGAUUACAUCCCUUCAGUUGGAGAUAUAGAUGCGUUUCUCAAGAUGCCACGCCCUGAUGGUCAGACUGACCAGUUGGGGCUUAUUGUACUUGAUGAGCCAUGUGCCAAACAGUCAGAUCCAACAGUUCUAGAUCUCCAGUUACGAACACUAACCAAACAACCAAAUCUCAAAGCAAUGACAGUCCACAACGUUGCUGACGUUCAAAAGAAUCCAAAGGCUCUUGACAAUUGGAUCCAAAGCAUGAACGAAUUGCACAGACAGAAGCCACCACAGAACGUGCAUUAUCAGUGGGACAUGCCAAGUGUGGAUGCACUGAUGCAGACGUGGCCGCCUGAGUUUGAGGAGCUUCUGCAAUCAACGUCCUUACCGUCGGCCGAGCUAGACUGCGAGCUAAAAGACUUCGUCGACAUUGUCUGUGGAUUGCUGGAUAUUCCGGUGCACAGCAAGAACCGGCUGCAUUCGCUACACCUGCUCUUCAGUCUCUACUCGGAGUUUAAAAACUCGCAGCAUUUUCGUACGGAGACGUCUCAAGAGUUGUAUGGGGAUUUAGACAUCGAGAGGAACGAGACAUGAACGGCAUAGUUUGUAUAAAUUCUAGAAGUAGAGACAUACGUCAUCGCCUACAUAAUAUACGUCAUCGCUCGGUGGGUCGGGCGUCAGUGA